AUGGCCCCCAAGCUUAAUCAUGACGUCGUCUACCUCAUCGCACAGACGCUGUGCCAGGACUUGUACCUGAAGACAGCCCUCGAGCUGUCACUCACGUCCCAAACAUCGCACCAGAGCAUCUACAAGCAGCUCCUAUACGCCGACGCAUCCCUGAAUGCCCCAGACGUGCCAAAUCGCAUCGGCUCACUGCGCCACGGGGACGGACUCGGGCCCGAAAACCGCCUGGGGAUGUGCCUGUGGGCGCGUGAUUUCUUCAUCGAGAACGACGAUGCGGAGAUGUUCAAGCAGUACUCGGCGCUGAGCCGACUGGACGUGAACAGCACCAUUCAUUGGAGGAAACCCGAAGACCAAAAACAGCCCGCACCCAGAAGUCUCCUCGAGUUGCAUUGCAAAGUAGCGCCACCUCAGUUGUUCGAUGCUAACUCGAGGCCGGCGCGGACCCGAGCGGAGGCACGGCCCGCUGCCAAGCUGCUGAUUGAGCACGGCGCAUUGGACAGCUUGGAGAAGUGCGAGGGCCCUCCCGACGGGUCCAGACUGACACACUUGAUACGCAAAGUCAAGAGCAGGGAUAUGAUGCGCGUCCUUCUCGACUCCAACUUCAGUGGUUCUGCAGCUUACGGCAUUGCCGACGAGGAGAUGGCAAUUCUCUCCCCCAGAACAGAGCCAGCUUGUUGGGGUCAAAUCGUAUGGGGACCCCCUAGCAAUGACGAACAGCCGCGGCUCCGUUUUGCUACACCUACUCCGUUAUACGAUCUCAUCCACGAAAGGAGGAGACUAUGGCUGGCACCUGGCGCCAGAGUUCGCGGAACUCAAGAGCAAAAGGCCUGGAUCGAUUCGCUGAGGAUCCUGAUCGAGGCCGGCGCCACUCGGUCCCAAGGUCUCUUCAGCCCAACCGGCGUCAUGCUCGAGGACAUCUUCUACUCUUACGUUCAGUGUCCCAUCGACUCCGAUGAGAUAUGGACACUGCUGGUCGAGGGAGGUGUGCUCAACAUCCAUGAUCGUAAUGCGAUGAACCAGACUUACCUUGGCCAGCUGGUCUCCAGGUGCUACGGCGGUAAAAUGCUGACAGAGCCGCUGUCGAAACCGAAUCUGAUAAGGUCCCUGGUAAAGUUCGGUGUCGACAUCAACGCCGUGGGCAGCAGUGGUUUGACUCCUCUCGACUACGCGAUUCUCUACGGGGAGAUUGACACCGUCCAACUGCUUGUGGAGUUGGGAGCCAACCCUUUUCAGCUGCAGCCCAAAAGGUGUUCUCCAGCCCACCACGCGUUUGGUGAACCUUUCUCGCAAAAAGGUCCCGUGGCGAAGAAGGUUCUAGAGUUCCUGCGACGCAAGCUAAUGAAGCAUCUUCAUCCGGGCCGACGUCGACGGAAUCAGAGGGCGCCAGACGUCCUGCCUCACCUGCGCAACCAGGCAUGGCAUCCGACUUUGACCGUCGCCGACGACGUCAAGAUCAGUAAAAUCUGUGAGAAACUGGUCGCCGACGCGGAGUACAGGGCAUAUUCCAUCAUUGCACUGCUGGAGCCAUACCGAAGCGCCUGUGUCGAUGACAAUGGGCACACACCAGGGGACAUUGUCUCCAGGCUGGAAAGCCUGAACAAGCUUGGUCGAAAGAUUGAACGCCAGACUAUCAUCAGCCGUGGUCGUCCAUUCAAGGUAAGCGAUGGGCCCCAGAAAGGUAUCAGACCUCACCACAAGAACCUCCGCGCCGGCGUCGAGUGUAAGAGUCGGUGCUACUUCUGCUAUCCCUUCCCGCCUCUUCCAGUCGAUAUAACGCUGCUGGGAAUUCCCGACCCAAACCAGUGA